AUGGGAGCAACAUUCUCACGACGAAUUCAGUCGUUCAUCGAGUCGUUGCCGUUUUUUCAAACUCUCCACAUUACUAUGGUUGGUCUGGAUUCGGCUGGCAAGACUACCGCUUUAUAUCGACUCAAGUUUGGCCAGUAUAUCAAUACAUUGCCUACGAUUGGUUUCAAUUGCGAAAAAGUUAAACUGAAUUUCGCAAAAGCUAGGGGUGUUUCAUUUACGAUAUGGGACAUAGGUGGUCAGGACAAGUUACGACCGCUUUGGAUACCCUACACUAGAUGCACUGACGGAAUCAUAUUUGUCGUUGACUCGGUUGAUGAAGAUCGCUUCGAGGAAGCACGAAUCGAGCUUAUGCGAACGUUAAAGUUCCCUCAGAAUAACCAUGUGCCUCUUCUCAUACUAGCAAAUAAGCACGAUCUGCCCGAGUCAAAAGAUCCGCAAGAGAUUGCUCGCACACUUGGACUUAAUGAUCUGAACGGAAGACAUUUGUGGCACAUUCAAUCCUGCUGCUCCAUCAUAGGAGAAGGGCUUGAAGAAGGCCUUGAAAGGCUGUACGAAAUGAUCCAGGAGAAGAGAAGAACGGCCAAAAGCGGCGGAAAUACAAAGCUAAAGAAUCGUUUAUAG